UUGCCCCUGCCGAGACGGACGCAACCAUGCGGAACGGUGGAAGCUCCCACGCUUGGGCAGAUUUGCCCGCUGCGCUCCAUAAUAUCCUGCCCAAAGCCAACAAGGCCGCAGAGAGCGAUGGACAGCUGAAAGCGUUCACGACCAGCAACGCCAUAUCCGCACCAGCCACAUUUGGCAUCAAGUCUGCCGGCGCGCCAAAUGCUGUCCUGGUCACUGUCACCAACGGCAAGGCUGAUAUCCAUACUGGCAGCACUGAUGAGGCGGUGUUCACGCUCUCGGCCCUGCCAGAGCAAUGGCAGGAGUUCUUCAAGCAGACGCCUGUGGCACCCUACCAAUCCUACUGGGGCAUGUUCGGGAUGAACAUCAAACAAGAGGGCAUCGAGGUGCAAGGCGACCAGAACGCUUUCGCGCACUGGACGCACGUCUGGCGGCGCGUUCUCGAGAUCUUGCAUGAUGCUUAUGCUGGUCCUACUCCCGAGGACGACGAGCCUGAUAUGGACGUCGAUCAUAUUGUGGGUCGGUAUGUCUACAUCACGUCACCAGUAUGGGGCAAGUGUAAGGUGUUCUACGAACAGUCCGGGGAAGGCGAUCAGGAGAUUGUGUUCUUGCAUACUGCUGGCAGCGAUAGCCGACAGUAUCACGGCGUCAUGAAUGACGAGAGGAUGUUGAAGAAGUGCAAGAUGACGGCUUUUGAUCUGCCGGCGCACGGUAGGAGCUUCCCUUAUGAGGGAUAUUGGCCUGGCAUGCACACUAACACAGAAGAUGCCUACGUGGGCUGCAUCGCAGCAAUGGUUAAGAAGCUCGGCUUGACUAAGCCGAUCAUUUGCGGUGCGUCCAUGGCUGGGCAGGUCUGCUUGGCGGUGGCUGCUCGCGCAGACGAGGUUGGCGCUGGCGGGUCGAUUCCAUUACAAGGCAGCGACUACCUCAACAUGGAGCGGCAAUGGUACGAUCGGUCACCGUACGUGAAUCAAUCGCUCUUCAACCCUGAGUGGGUUUACGGGAUGAUGUCGCCGACUGCACCGUUGAAGAACCGUCAACUCAUCUGGCAUAUGUACUCUGCACAAGCGUACGGCAUCUUCCAUGGAGACCUUGUAAACUUCUACUUUGGAGGCUGGGACGGCCGCGACAGGAUGGCCGGCAUCGACACGAAGAAGUGCCCGGUGUACAUGCUGACAGGCGAAUACGACUGGAGCAACACACCGGCCAUGACCCAGAAGACGUGCGACAAGAUUCCAGGCGGCAAGCAGGUGGCGAUGAAAGGUCUGGGACACUUUCCCGCGACGGAGAACCCGAAGGUUUUCGUCGGUUACGUGUUGGAUGCUAUCGAUCACAUUCAGAAGAUGAGAGCUUGA